UAUAAAUUCCCUACAUAUGCUCUCCGCCACUACAGUCUCCAAAAUUGCAGAUCUCUUCACUUCCAAACCCAGAACUUUCAACCCAUUCUAGACAGAGAAAGUGAGAGAGAGAGAGAGAGAGAGAGAGAGAGAGAGAGAUCCCCCUUUUCCACACCCAGAAAACCCACCACCAUGGCCAUGUCAACAACUUCCCCUAAUUCCCUCCACCUAAAAAACCCUAAUCGCCACCUCAUCAACCCCCCAACCAAAACUUCAUUCCCAAUCAAAACCCAAAUCAAUUCAUUCCCAAUCAACAACUCUUCGGGACCCAAAAAACCCAUCUCAAUCACCUGCGCCGCAUCGCCCCAAGUCCAAGAUCGCGCCUCCGCCGCCGCCGCGGGCUCCGAGCGGGUCUUCAACUUCGCCGCCGGCCCGGCAAUCUUGCCGGAAAACGUGCUCAGGAGGGCUGAAUCGGAGCUCUACAACUGGCGCGGAUCGGGCAUGAGCGUCAUGGAAAUGAGCCACAGAGGUAAAGAAUUCCGUUCCAUUAUUGAAAAAGCUGAAUCAGAUCUACGUACCCUGUUAAACAUUUCUUCAGACUACGCCGUCUUGUUCUUGCAAGGCGGCGCCACCACCCAAUUCGCCGCCGUGCCAUUAAAUCUGUGCACCCCAAGCGACACCGUUGAUUUCGUUGUUACUGGGUCUUGGGGUGAUAAGGCUUUUAAGGAAGCCGUUAAGUAUUGUAAGCCCAAUGUGAUUUGGUCUGGGAAAUCCGAGAAGUACACAAAGGUUCCAUCUUUUGAUGGUUUGGAACAGAACCCAGAUGCUAAAUACUUGCAUAUAUGCGCGAACGAGACGAUUCACGGGGUGGAAUUUAAGGACUACCCGACGCCGAGAAAUAGGGCUGGUCUGCUGGUGGCUGAUAUGUCAUCCAAUUUCUGUUCGAAGCCGGUAGAUGUGACCAAGUUCGGAUUGAUCUACGCGGGUGCCCAGAAGAAUGUUGGUCCUUCUGGGGUGACAAUUGUGAUAGUUAGGAAAGACUUGAUUGGGAAUGCUCAGGAGAUCACUCCUGUGAUGCUGGAUUACAAGAUCCAUGCUGAUAACAAUUCUUUGUAUAAUACUCCACCUUGUUUUGGGAUUUACGUGUGUGGAUUGGUGUUUGAGGAUUUGCUGGCUCAGGGGGGUUUGGUUGAGGUUGAGAAGAAGAAUAUUAAGAAGGGUCAGAUGCUUUACAAUGCGAUUGAUGAGAGUAAGGGGUUUUAUAGGUGCCCGGUUGAGAAAUCCGUUAGGUCAUUGAUGAAUGUUCCGUUUACGCUGGAGAAGUCUGAAUUGGAGGAAGAAUUUGUCAAGGAGGCGGCAAAGGAGAAGAUGCUGCAGCUCAAGGGGCACAGGUCGGUUGGGGGGAUUCGAGCUUCGAUUUACAAUGCUAUGCCUUUGGCUGGGGUUGAGAAGCUAGUUGCCUUCAUGAAGGACUUCCAAGCAAGGCAUGGUUGAUCUUCUGCUAGAACCUGUAGCAUUUUGUUUUCGUUUGUUUCCAUUUCAUGUUUGUUGUUCUAGUUUGGUUACCUUUUUUGAUUGUUUUUGUGCUUAUAUUGGAAUACUAAGGUUAAGAUCUCCUGUGAGAAGAAUUUAGUAUGAUGUUGGGGUAGCAAAUGGGUCUAGCUCAUUGUGAUUCUCUUGUAUGAGCUAAUAUCAGCUUUAUAUCCAAUAACAGCAUGAUGCAAGCCUUUUUGUUU